AUGGUGCAAUCUCAUCGCAUUGUCAGCCUAGCUAUUAUGCCCACACUAUGUUUAGGAAUACCCUGGGCCAGCAAUGUCGGUAACUCCACGUUCGGUUACUCUAACACCUCUUUCUAUCUGCAUGGAAGGCCUUACCAGAUGAUAGGGGGUCAGAUUGAUCCACAGCGAGUACCGCGGGAGUAUUGGCGUGAUCGCUUAGAGCACGCUAAAGCUAUGGGGCUAAAUACCAUCUUCUCCUAUAUUUUCUGGAAUGAAUUGGAGCCAUCUCCUGGAGUCUGGGACUGGGAUGGGAUUCGUGGUAUGAACGAUAUCGCCGCUUGGUACCAGGCUGUACAAGAUGCUGGAUUGCAAGCGGUGCUCCGUCCGGGUGGUUACAUCUGCGGAGAACGUGACUGGGGAGGGAUGCCUGCGUGGUUGAGCCAAAUUCAAAAUUUGACUGUUCGAUCGAAUAACCCUCAGUUCCUUGAGCAUUCAGACUACUAUUUCGGUAAUUUAUCUCAGCAAAUAUUUAAAUACCAGGUCUCACAGGGUGGACCUAUUUUGCUAGCACAAGUUGAAAAUGAGUACGGCCAGUAUGGUAGCGACCACGCCUAUACAGCAGCACUUUCAGCUCUUAUUGCCAAGCAUUUCAAUCUGCUACAAUAUACGAACGAUGGCGGAUCUCAGACCCAGUUUCCCAACGGUCCCGUCCAUGGUGUCCUCGCUGAAAUCGACGGCGAUCCUUACCAGGGCUUUGCCACGAGGAAGAAUUCCAUCAGUGAUCCGACAGAAAUGGGGCCUAGCCUCGACGGUGAAUACUAUUUCGCAGGGGCAUCAUGGAUAUUGAACCAAGCCUCCAGUUUCUCCUUGUAUAUGUUUCACGGUGGAACAAACUUUGCUUUCAGUAAUGGUGGCCUCAAUUUUGGCCAACUCGAGGCUGUCACGACUAGCUACGAUUAUGGUGCCCCUUUAGACGAAAGUGGCCGCCCUCGCGAGUUAUACUGGGAACUAAGGUCUGCAAUCGCGAACUACACGGGCAAGACGCCAAAUAUUGUGCAAACCUUGCCAAUGUCUAAUAUAUCUGACGUGCCAUUGAGGCCGGUGGCCACUCUGCUAGAGGAAUCUUCGGGGACAAUCAAAUCUGAUAGUCCGAUCAACAUGGAGCAGCUUGGGCAAUCUUACGGUUACAUCUUGUACCGUUACCAGGCACCUUAUGGGGUGAACAUAUCUGGCCAACUACACCCCGGUGAUGGUCCUCGCGACCGUGUCCUCGUUUAUGUUAAUGGGAACAAGCGAGGUGUGAUUGACGCAACAUAUAACCCUCCACAGAACGUUACGAUACAAAUCGUAGGUGGAGAUGUUCUCGAGCUUUUAGUCGAGAACCAGGGCCGGGUGGACUAUUCGUCACCGCUAUUAGAUCAACGGAAGGGAAUAAUCGGCGAUGUGUACAUUGGAUCAAAUCUUGUCUCACCCUGGACCAUACAGUCAUAUUCCGUACCAACACCACCCCAGGGCUUGAUCGGUAAGGGUACUAAUCAUCUACCAAUGAUUACAGUCAGUGCCAACAGUACGCCAGUCUGGUACAAAGGCAAUUUCAAACUAGACGGCAGGGUUGCUGGAACUGCUGCAGCUGAUACGUUUCUUAGUAUCAGCGGUGGAAUCAAGGGUGUCCUGUAUGUCAAUGGAUACAACCUUGGGAAGUAUUGGACGGUAGGGCCAGCACAGAGUCAAUACAUACCUGGAGCAUGGCUGAGAGAGGACAAUGAAAUCAUCGUUCUGGAGUUAGAGCCUCAAGUAGACAAGGAGCUUGUGGCUUCUGGAUCCAGUGAAAGAGUGUGGUAUAACAAUCCGGAUCCAGAUUGUAUUAGUUGCAAGUCCGCGAAUCCAAAUCCUUAA